UCGCAGAAAAUAAACCGCUGCGCGGAGCCGCCAGUUGGCAGAGAGCAGCCUGGCAGCACCAGUCCGCACACUCGCUCACACACAGCAAACAUCACGCGCAAUACUCGCACCCUACCGCACAGGCUUGUACAUCCCAAAUCGACAGCGACCGUUACGACGAUAGUGUCUGGCACUACUUGCCGCGCGGAGGGAGCGGACGAGGGGGUGAGGCGGCGCUCGUUAUAAAAGGGAGCGCAGCGGCUGCCGGAAACCAGAAUCGUAGCCGGAAGUGAGCAUCUCUUAUCGAAGUUGUCGAGCGAACGAGCGAACGAACGAACGAGUUCAAAAUGCAGAUCUUUGUGAAGACCCUUACUGGGAAGACCAUAACCCUUGAGGUGGAGCCAAGUGACACCAUUGAGAAUGUCAAGGCCAAGAUUCAAGAUAAAGAAGGUAUACCUCCUGACCAGCAGCGUCUGAUCUUUGCUGGGAAGCAGCUGGAGGAAGGCCGUACUCUAUCUGACUACAACAUUCAGAAAGAAUCUACCCUGCAUCUCGUCUUGAGACUGCGUGGUGGAAUGCAGAUCUUUGUGAAGACCCUUACGGGGAAGACCAUAACCCUUGAGGUGGAGCCAAGUGACACUAUAGAGAAUGUCAAGGCCAAGAUUCAAGAUAAAGAAGGUAUACCUCCUGACCAGCAGCGUCUGAUCUUUGCUGGGAAACAGCUGGAAGAUGGACGAACCCUGUCUGACUACAACAUUCAGAAAGAAUCUACCCUUCACCUUGUCCUGAGACUCCGUGGUGGGAUGCAGAUCUUUGUGAAGACCCUUACGGGGAAGACCAUAACCCUGGAAGUGGAGCCAAGUGACACCAUAGAGAAUGUCAAAGCCAAGAUUCAGGACAAAGAAGGUAUACCUCCAGACCAACAACGUCUGAUCUUUGCUGGGAAACAGCUGGAGGAAGGCCGUACUCUAUCUGACUACAACAUUCAGAAGGAAUCCACUCUUCACCUUGUCUUGAGACUGCGUGGUGGGAUGCAGAUCUUUGUGAAGACGCUCACUGGUAAGACUAUAACCCUUGAGGUGGAGCCAAGUGACACUAUAGAGAAUGUCAAAGCCAAGAUUCAGGACAAGGAAGGUAUUCCUCCAGACCAGCAGCGUCUGAUCUUUGCUGGGAAACAGCUUGAAGAUGGUCGGACCCUGUCUGACUACAACAUUCAAAAGGAAUCUACCCUGCAUCUCGUCUUGAGACUCCGUGGUGGAAUGCAGAUCUUUGUGAAGACUCUUACUGGGAAGACCAUAACCCUUGAGGUGGAGCCAAGUGACACCAUAGAGAAUGUUAAGGCCAAGAUUCAGGACAAGGAAGGUAUUCCUCCAGACCAACAGCGCUUGAUCUUUGCUGGGAAACAGCUGGAGGAAGGCCGUACUCUAUCUGACUACAACAUUCAGAAGGAAUCUACCCUGCAUCUUGUUCUGAGACUCCGUGGUGGGAUGCAGAUCUUUGUGAAGACCCUUACGGGGAAGACCAUAACUCUUGAGGUGGAGCCAAGUGACACCAUCGAGAAUGUCAAAGCCAAGAUUCAGGACAAGGAAGGUAUACCUCCUGAUCAACAACGUCUGAUCUUUGCAGGAAAACAGCUGGAAGAUGGUCGGACCCUGUCUGACUAUAACAUUCAGAAGGAAUCCACCCUGCAUCUGGUCUUGAGACUCCGUGGUGGAAUGCAGAUCUUUGUGAAGACUCUUACUGGGAAGACCAUAACCCUUGAGGUGGAGCCAAGUGACACCAUAGAGAAUGUUAAGGCCAAGAUUCAGGACAAGGAAGGUAUUCCUCCAGACCAACAGCGCUUGAUCUUUGCUGGGAAACAGCUGGAGGAAGGCCGUACUCUAUCUGACUACAACAUUCAGAAGGAAUCUACCCUGCAUCUUGUUCUGAGACUCCGUGGUGGGAUGCAGAUCUUUGUGAAGACCCUUACGGGGAAAACCAUAACUCUUGAGGUGGAGCCAAGUGACACCAUCGAGAAUGUCAAAGCCAAGAUUCAGGACAAGGAAGGUAUACCUCCUGAUCAACAACGUCUGAUCUUUGCAGGAAAACAGCUGGAAGAUGGUCGGACCCUGUCUGACUAUAACAUUCAGAAGGAAUCCACCCUGCAUCUGGUCUUGAGACUCCGUGGUGGAAUGCAGAUCUUUGUUAAGACUCUUACUGGGAAGACCAUAACCCUUGAGGUGGAGCCAAGUGACACCAUAGAGAAUGUUAAGGCCAAGAUUCAGGACAAGGAAGGUAUUCCUCCAGACCAACAGCGCUUGAUCUUUGCUGGGAAACAGCUAGAGGAAGGCCGUACUCUAUCUGACUACAACAUUCAGAAGGAAUCUACCCUGCAUCUUGUUCUGAGACUCCGUGGUGGGAUGCAGAUCUUUGUGAAGACCCUUACGGGGAAGACCAUAACUCUUGAGGUGGAGCCAAGUGACACCAUAGAGAAUGUCAAAGCCAAGAUUCAGGACAAGGAAGGUAUACCUCCUGAUCAACAACGUCUGAUCUUUGCAGGAAAACAGCUGGAAGAUGGUCGGACCCUGUCUGACUAUAACAUUCAGAAGGAAUCCACCCUGCAUCUUGUCUUGAGACUCCGUGGUGGAAUGCAGAUCUUUGUGAAGACUCUUACUGGGAAGACCAUAACCCUUGAGGUGGAGCCAAGUGACACCAUAGAGAAUGUUAAGGCCAAGAUUCAGGACAAGGAAGGUAUUCCUCCAGACCAACAGCGCUUGAUCUUUGCUGGGAAACAGCUGGAGGAAGGCCGUACUCUAUCUGACUACAACAUUCAGAAGGAAUCUACCCUGCAUCUUGUUCUGAGACUCCGUGGUGGGAUGCAGAUCUUUGUGAAGACCCUUACGGGGAAAACCAUAACUCUUGAGGUGGAGCCAAGUGACACCAUCGAGAAUGUCAAAGCCAAGAUUCAGGACAAGGAAGGUAUACCUCCUGAUCAACAACGUCUGAUCUUUGCAGGAAAACAGCUGGAAGAUGGUCGGACCCUGUCUGACUAUAACAUUCAGAAGGAAUCCACCCUGCAUCUGGUCUUGAGACUCCGUGGUGGAAUGCAGAUCUUUGUGAAGACUCUUACUGGGAAGACCAUAACCCUUGAGGUGGAGCCAAGUGACACCAUAGAGAAUGUUAAGGCCAAGAUUCAGGACAAGGAAGGUAUUCCUCCAGACCAACAGCGCUUGAUCUUUGCUGGGAAACAGCUGGAGGAAGGCCGUACUCUAUCUGACUACAACAUUCAGAAGGAAUCUACCCUGCAUCUUGUUCUGAGACUCCGUGGUGGGAUGCAGAUCUUUGUGAAGACCCUUACGGGGAAGACCAUAACUCUUGAGGUGGAGCCAAGUGACACCAUCGAGAAUGUCAAAGCCAAGAUUCAGGACAAGGAAGGUAUACCUCCUGAUCAACAACGUCUGAUCUUUGCAGGAAAACAGCUGGAAGAUGGUCGGACCCUGUCUGACUAUAACAUUCAGAAGGAAUCCACCCUGCAUCUUGUCUUGAGACUCCGUGGUGGAAUGCAGAUCUUUGUGAAGACUCUUACUGGGAAGACCAUAACCCUUGAGGUGGAGCCAAGUGACACCAUAGAGAAUGUUAAGGCCAAGAUUCAGGACAAAGAAGGUAUUCCUCCAGACCAGCAGCGUCUGAUCUUUGCUGGGAAGCAGCUGGAAGAUGGACGAACCCUGUCUGACUACAACAUUCAGAAGGAAUCUACCCUGCAUCUUGUUCUGCGACUCCGUGGUGGUAUGCAGAUCUUUGUGAAGACUCUUACUGGGAAGACCAUAACCCUUGAGGUGGAGCCAAGUGACACCAUAGAGAAUGUCAAGGCCAAGAUUCAGGACAAAGAAGGUAUACCUCCAGACCAACAACGUCUGAUCUUUGCAGGAAAACAGCUGGAAGAUGGACGAACCCUGUCUGACUAUAACAUUCAAAAAGAAUCAACUCUUCACCUUGUCCUGAGACUCCGUGGUGGAAUGCAGAUCUUUGUGAAGACGCUCACUGGUAAGACCAUAACCCUCGAGGUGGAGCCAAGUGACACCAUAGAAAAUGUCAAAGCCAAGAUUCAGGACAAAGAAGGUAUUCCUCCAGACCAACAACGUCUGAUCUUUGCUGGGAAACAGCUGGAGGAAGGCCGUACUCUAUCUGACUACAACAUUCAAAAAGAAUCUACCCUGCACUUGGUCCUGAGACUGCGUGGUGGGCUUUAAGUUUGAUCUGGUCCUAAUCAUUUUGGACUGUACUGUAAUUUUUAAUGCAUUCUAUAUGCUUUAAUGAGCAAACUCUCCUUGAGUAUAUGAAGCAUUGUAGAUAAUAAAGAUUUUGUCGAAUAUU